AUGUCGCGCUCGAGUGACGCUGCAGGUCCCAGCAGGCCCGCUAGCCGCGCCGGGCUCAGCGGCAAAUUCUCCCUCUCAAACCUCUCGUUAAAGAGCUUCGACGCUAGAUCCGGCGCUCGCACUCCAAAGAAUGGCCAUCGACAGUUCCCCAGCAACCCCAAUCCACCCUCCAGCAACGUCCAUGCAUCCAACGCUGCCUCCGCAAAGUCUACAGAUGGAAACAACAUCGCUCAACUCUACGCCGUCUUUGGUCUUCCCAAGGAUCCAGCCGUAUGGACCUUGGCUGAAGAGGACUGCACCAAUGGCGUUCACCACAUCGAAAAUGCCGUCGGUCGUUUCUGGCGCCCCGAGGUGCUCGGCUGCUCCAUCUGUCCACCUCUGCAUCCUCUCGAUGACACCAGCAAGACCCCGUUUUCCCCAACCACCUCAUCCCACAGCAAGGAACCCAAAGCUUCUGCGUGGGGCAACGACAAGAAGAACGGCUCCAAUCCCAAAUUCAUCGAGAUGGCCGACGGUCGCGGUGGCGUAGAGCGAGCAGAAACCGCUCGUGUGCUCUCCAAGGCCCUCAAACUUUCCUUCACCCGCGAGAUCGAGAUCUCUUCCGCACCCAUCCACUUUCCCCCCUCCUCUACAUCUCACACCUUUUCUUUUAGCGUCCCCACGCUCAAAUCAUCGGCGUCCGGAGGCGCUGCACGUCCCUCCACCGAUGUGCGCAAGGCCACCGCUCCCUUCUCUGUCGGUGCUGCAAACGUGCACAACUCGCGCAACUUUUCCGCCGUCGGCGAAGGCUUCGGUCUCGAAGGCGUGUCGUCUCGCCUUCCUUCUGGGUCUGCAUCUACCGGCGAGGAUACUCCAAGCGUCGCCACCUUUUACGGCUCCGUCCUCACCGUGUGGAGCGCCGCUGACGAGAAGCGAGCCAAAGCCGUCCGCAAAGAGCUCGGUCGUCUGGCAAAAUCGCGCGCAAACGGCCGCAACGGUGUCAACAAGAGCGUCAACAACCAGGGAGAAGAGAUCGAAGACGACCUCGAAGCCACCAGCGCAUUGGGCCAUUCGCUCCUUCCAGAGAACAACGCUUUCUUCAUGCCCUACGCCAUUUGCAUCGUCUCGAGAUACCCCAUCUACAACCUCCUCGGCGACUGGAACAAAGCCGCCUGGUUCAAAUACAGCCGCAACAUUGAGAUGCACAACAAGCUCAUGGCCGCCAUCCUCCGUCAUCCCGCCCCACGCAUCGGCGAAACCUUCCGACUAAAGUCUCCGGACGAGGAUCUCUCGUUCGUCUGCACCUUCCCCGGUGCCUACGACUGGGGCAGGGGCUUGCUCGGCAUCGACUUUUCCAUGUGGCCCCUCUUCAAGACGCUCUCUAUCGACAACGUCCUCACCAUCUGUGAGAUCGCUCUGGCCCCCGCCGGUCGUGUUCUUUUCAUGUCGCGUCAUCCCGCCCUCAUGGGCAUGGCCGUCGAAACCGUCAAGUACCUCAUCGAGCUCUGCGGCUGGAAGGGUGUCGCACAUCAGAAUUGUCACGCCAGAGAUGUUCGCAUCUACCUAGAGGAUCCCGGCUCCUGGCUCAUCGCCAUCAACACCGAGUUGCGCAGCAUCAUCAAGCCGGCUAAGGAGGUUUGCGUCGUCGAUCUCGAUAUCAACUUUGUCAACUGCCCUCGCCCGCCACUCAGGGCUCCCAGCAAGGGAGCGGCACGCGACAAGAAGCGCAGAAAGCUCAUCGCUGCCCUAGGCUUUUCUUCCGCCGACUACACCAUCCCUCGGGAAUACGUCGAGGCUUUUCCGAGCGGUCGCUUCCGUCCCCUCGGCAAGCUCGAGUCCUCCUCGCGCGAAAACCCCUACGAGCGCCUCGAUACGCCUUCUUGGUGGGAUCAGAGCGCACUCGUCGGCGUGUUUGACCAAGUUCUCCACGAGGGCACCAAGCCUAGUUUCCUCAAAAAGGUUCUGCGUAUGCGCACCGAGUCUCAAUUCGUUGCCUCUGAGACAGAGCAAGCUGCUGUCCUCGCACUGCGCAAGAGGGCCAGCACCUUUGUGGAUGCGCGCGACGGUCUAGAAAACAAGAUUGGCAGGCUCAACAAGCGACUCGCUUUCCUCAUGAGCGAAGGUGAGAUGUGGCGACAGCAAUUCGACAAGAUCCAGCAGCUCGUCGAUCGUCUCACCCGCGAAGCCGGCGAUCUGCGUGUCAAGCUCGACAAGGAGCGUCGAGAAUCCAAGAGGCUCAGCUCGACUCUGCAGCAAAGGGACAUGGACUACGUGCAGGCGCAGAUCCAGCUUCGCGAGACCGAGCAAGCGCGUGAAAAGGCUCAGGCGGAGUUGCUUCGCAUGCGAUCCACCAUGGACAACCUCGAGUCGGAGCGCGAAGCAAUGAUGGACGAGAUCCGCAAUGUGCUCAGCAGCUCGAGCACUGACGAGUUCGGCAUGUCCUCGCUCAACAACCUCCAGAGCAUGACCCAGAACUUUGGCCGAGUCGACUCGCCAGCUGCGAGCGACGCCAGCCACAACACCGAGAUGCACAUCCUCAAGGCUCGCGCUCUGGCAGAACAGCGGAUCUCGAUGGGCCAACCUGCGAGCAACGGACAGGCCCGCAAAGCAACCGUGAUUGCCAACACGGACGGUCACACCAACGGCAGCGCCAACGCAAACGCCUCGAAUCACUUCCCUGACGAACAGAUGAACACCGAGAUCCAGAAGCGUACCACGGCCGUCACGGACCAGAUCGCCAAGAUCCAGCAGCAACUCGAAUCCACCCUCACUCAGCUCGAGGGCCGUCGAUCUGCCACAUUCGAGCGUCGCCGUCGGCCGUCUUCUUCCUCGUCCACCGGAAGCUACCGCUACGAGCAUGGACCUCCAUCAAGCGUGGGGCACCACAACGCCAUAGCCUCCAGCAUCGGCCACGGGCAUGCCCCCGAUGUCAACGACAGCUCCGCGGCUCACAUGUCGGAGGAGGUCGAGACAAUGGAUGGAGACCAUUCCGGCGUCCUUCCUCGUCGUCACCGUGCCACUUCCUCCGUCAACCACGCUGCAUCCUCUCGCUCAACUCACCUGGCCCCGACGCCACCGGCUCUGGCCGCGCCAGCUCUGACUCCAAAAAGCCCUGCUCGUAAUCGAGCCGCCUCGCUCGGAUCCACCAAUGCAGCACAUACCGAGAACAGCUCUACGGAGGCCAACGGCCAUCUCACCGCUUCUCCGCCCACCGGGAAGCAAUCAGAAGCUGGUCCCACCACGUCUGCCACCUCGUCUGCGGCGCCAGCGGUGGUCGGAGCAGCUGCUGCCACCGGUGCUGCAGCCGCCAUCGUUGGUGCUGCCGUGUUAUCGGGAUCCGCUGCGAAAUCAACAGAGCCCGUGCGAGACAGCACAGCCGCUAACGGAGAGGGCGCCUCUGGAGACCGCAACAAACCGAUGCCCGAGAUCCCCGUCGAUCAGAACAGCGAGGACGUAGACAUGUCCAAACAGCUCAGCGAGCUUGAACUGGCUACACAGGACGAUUCGGUCGAGCAGGAUGACGAUGCCGAAAGCGAGGGGGCGCUCAACAUGUUUGACGAGCCCGAGGAUUUCAGACCCAAGACGCCGCCGCCCUCGGUGACGUAUUACGAAUUCCCCGGCACAUCGUCCAAGGUGACGCUCAACCUCGUCGGCGCUCACCCUUUGUGGGGACACCUGGCGUGGAAUGCCUCCUUCAUCCUCUCCGAUUUCCUCUGCGCGCACGCUCUUACGUUGACCAAGGGCAAACGCGUGCUGGAGCUCGGUGCGGCAGCAGGAUUGCCGAGCAUCGUCUGCAACUGGGCCUCGGCCUCUCACGUCGUAGCCACCGACUAUCCGGACAACUCUCUCAUCGACAACCUCACCAAGAACGUCGUGCUCAACUGUCAGGAUGAGUCUUCGCCGUUGCGCGGUCCCGGUAAAUCGUUCGUCGAAGGCUACAUCUGGGGACGCGAUCCGAGUUCUUUGCUGGAAAAGGUGUCGGAGGAUGGCAAACGCGGGAAGUUCGACCUGAUCCUGCUCUCGGAUCUGGUGUUCAACCAUCAAGCCCACCCUGCGUUGCUGGAGACGUGCGACCUGUGUCUCGCCGAUGCCGACGGCGAGCAGGCGGAAGGCGAUAUGACGACGCCGUGCGUGCUGGUGUUCUUCACACACCAUCGACCGCAUUUGGCGUACAAGGAUAUGCAGUUCUUCGAUAUGGCAGAGGUGAAGGGUUGGAAGUUUGAAAAGUUGGGAGAGUGGUUCAGGGAGCCCAUGUUUCCGGAGGAUCCUGGUGAUGAGGUGGUCAGGUCGACCAUUCACGGGUUCAGGCUGUGGAAGGCUCCGGCGUAG